AUGGAGAAUCCGCAGAAGAAGUUGGGGCUCAAGAUGGUGCCUACUGACAGCCAAUCACAGACGCGAAUGGUGGUUGUCAUGGCCAUUCGAAGCGCUGAUUGGUUCGUCAAGUUGCCUUUGAAGUCGAAGAUCGGUUUGCCCGUUGCUUAUUGUUCAAUUUGCAACGGGCACAUCAUGACUUCGCCAUCGUUCCUCGACGCCGCGCUGAAUGCGUUUAUGCGCGUUCCCCAAGUCGCGAUGAAUGGCGCUCGCGUGCCCCACGACAUGGUGCACCGCCAUGCGACUUCAUCCUCCAAGUACCCAACUGCCUUGUGGAUGCGCCAGGUGCCAGUGCCUCAGAACCCGACCCUCUCGCCCCUUCGAACCAGCACCCUUUAAACGACGGCUGUGAUUGCAUUGCUUGUAUAACUAACUAUAUAUAUAUAUGUAUUUAUCCAAAGAACGAA